GUGAAAAGGAGAGUUUGUAACUUGUCAUCCUCUCCGUCGAUCUCCGACCGACUUAAUUCCCCCGCAAAUCCCCCCUAAUUCCAAAUCCGCCCAAUUUCUAAACCUAGAAAAAUCAAUUUCACUGAUUUAUAUACUGUGAAAUCAGUAUAUUUAUAUACCUACACACAGUUAGAGAGAGAGAGAGAGAGGGGAGAUAUGGAGCACGAAGAGGAGAAUGAAUACGAGGAGCAUGAGCACGAGGUUUACGGAGGUGAAAUACCGGACGAAGAAGGAGAAAUGGAUGCCGAGUAUGACACUUCUGCUGCUGCCCCUGAAUCUGAGGAUGAUCCUAAUGCUAAGGAGUUAGAGAAUAUGAAGAAGAGAUUGAAGGAGAUUGAGGAUGAAGCAGGAGCUCUUCGCGAAAUGCAGGCCAAAGUCGAGAAAGAAAUGGGCUCUGCACAAGAUCCAACUGCUUCUGCUAGUCAGGCUGAAAAGGAGGAGGUGGAUGCACGAUCCAUAUAUGUUGGUAAUGUAGAUUACGCUUGCACGCCUGAGGAAGUGCAACAACAUUUCCAAUCCUGUGGCACUGUUAACAGGGUAACUAUCUUGACUGACAAAUUUGGCCAGCCGAAAGGGUAUGCUUAUGUUGAAUUUGUUGAAAUGGAGGCUGUUCAAAAUGCACUUCUGUUGAAUGAAUCAGAGCUUCACGGGCGGCAGUUGAAGGUAUCCGCGAAGCGGACAAAUGUUCCUGGUAUGAAGCAAUUUCGAGGAAGGCGAUUCAAUCCUUAUGCAGGAUUUCGCCCUCGACGUCCGUUUGUGCCUGGUGCUCCAGUAUUUCCACCUUUUGGAAGGGUUCCAAGGUUCAGACGCCCCAUCCGCUACAGGCCAUACUAAUGGAUCUUACUCCAGAUUGCUGGCCUUCCUUGUAGAAGUGAAAGAGGCAUCUGCUUGUUUUACUCUCUUUGGUUUCCUUGGGGAAGGCAAAGGAUGUUAUAUUUCAAAUUUUCUGUACCAUUUAAGUCAUGACUUAAGGGGGCUGACAUAAAUUUCAGCUCUGUUGAUCAUGUUUUAGGUUUGUGGGGAUACAGAUGUUUUUUUCUAUCACUGGCUUGCUCAGGUGCUUGCAUUUUGGGCAGCAAAAGGAAAAGACAGCAAAUAGAUACUUGUUGUAGAUGGUUAUGUUCUCUUUGAAUUAUGCCCCCUGAUUUACUGUGUAACGAAAGGUGUUUUAAGUUUGACGAGUGUCUAAUGGUCGAGACUCUUGAGCUACU